CAUGGGAUAUGAAAUAUCUGCUCCAACAUUUUCCUUGUUUGUAAACAAGGUGAAUAUGUUUAUUAUCAUAGGCGCAUGCAUGUGCAAUGAAUAGACUACUCAAAUGAUGAGUUGAAGAAGAAGACGAAGAAAAUGAAGAGCAGCGUCACCCCUCACAAUGCCAUGAAAUUGUUUUGGUGAUUCCUAUCAUUAAUUUCUAUUCAAAUAAAUAACCCGUAUAAACAGCCUGUUAUUUGCAUUUCUGCUCACCUUUCCCCCCAUCAUAAAUUCACCUCCAUGCACAAUAUUUUCCUUCUUCCCUUGUGACAUCAGAAGAAAACGCGGCAACUAUUUAAACCAAUUCAACCCGGGUCAGCUUUGUCCAGUUUUCAUACAUGAUGAGCAUCAUCACUGAAAUCGAGGGUGAUCUCUUUGAUGCGCCGGAGGGCACCGCUUUGAUUCAUGCAUGUAACUGCCAGGGGUCGUGGGGAAAAGGCAUCGCGAAGGUUUUUAGGGAGAAGUUUCCCGCCGCCUACCAAAUCUUCCGCGCCCACUGUCAACAAUAUCUCUCCCACCCGCAAACACAAACACAUACAGGCCCGCAGCUACGCGCUCUCAAGUUGCCAGAGGGCACGGCGCUGAUAAUCCCACCACAACCAGCGGACUAUCAGCCACUACCGCAGUCGCAGCCGCAGCCCCAGACAGGACCAGCAUCGCUAUCAAACCGUGGCCGGGGACAGGGACGCGGGCGUGGACGAGGUCGUGGCGGCAGGGGAGCCGGUGCGACAUUCUUAUCAAGGGUGGCGGGGAGGAAGCAUUGGAUCAUCUGCCUAUUCACAUCAUGGCAUUACGGCCCGCGGAACCGGAGCCCGCCUGAUGUCAUUCUUGAGAAUACGAGGUUGGCUAUGGCGGAUCUGAAGAGGCAGGUUGCUGCUGCUGCUGCUCCUUCUACUACUAUUACGACGACGUCGACUGCGGUUGCGGUUGGGGAUGAUGAAGUAGAGCAGCCGGGGGAGUUGUGGGGUUGUAGAUUUAAUGCGGGACUCUUUGGGGUGCCUUGGGAGCGGACGAGGGAGGUUUUGGAGGAGGCGGGAUUGGCAAUGACGAUUGUUAGGCCGCUGGGGGAGUCAGAAUGA